AUGGCCUCCCCUCACAAACCCAAUGGCAAUGUCAAGCCACAGUACGACCCCGACUUCACCGACAAUGUCAUCAGAGCCAUCGGCCCCAAGACAAAUCCACGCAUCGCCGAGGUCAUGACAAGCUUCAUCAGGCAUAUUCACGAUUUUGCGCGCGAAGUCGACCUUACGGUUGACGAAUGGAUGAUGGGCGUCGAAAUGAUCAAUCGUUGCGGCCAGAUGAGCAACGACCGCCGGAACGAAGGGCAGCUGAUGUGCGACGUGCUGGGGUUAGAAUCCAAAAAGCUCGCCGGCGCCGGUUACGAGGCGACCAAAUCGGCCAUACUGGGCCCCUUCUUCCGCAAGGACACCCCGCCAACGGCCAACAAUUCCAGCAUUAUUAAAACCAUGCCUUCGGAUGGAGAAGUGACCUUUAUGCAUGGUGUAGUGACGGACGUUGCUACAGGCGAGCCGAUCAGGGGCGUUACCGUAGACAUCUGGCAGUGCAGCACGAACGGCCUGUACGAGCAGCAGGAUCCGGAGCAGGCAGAAUUCAACCUGCGCGGCAAAUUUACGACGGACGAGAAUGGCUAUUAUGGCUUGUACUGUCUGAGACCAGUGCCUUAUCCGGUGCCGUACGAUGGCCCGGCUGGUGAGCUUCUCCAGCUUCUCGACCGCCACCCAUACCGUCCAGCUCACAUCCACAUUAUCGCGGGGAAUGAAGAGUACAGCCCCCUUACCACUCAAAUCUUUGACAGGAGCAGCAAAUACCUCGUCGAUGACUCCGUCUUCGCAGUAAAGAAUGAGCUAGUUGUGGACUUUAAGCCUCUAGAGGGCAAUCCCAAGGCCAAGCUCGAGCUUGUCUACGACAUUCGCCUGGCAGCCGUCAAAUCAUAG